UGUUCAAUUCAUCCAUAGCUAACGUAAAAUUAACCAUUCAGAUCUAAGUGAUCGAACAUGGAUGCCAAACCUCAUCUUUUCCUCAGUUCUCUUCCUCUUUUAACCGACUAUGUAACCAUCCUCGGUGAGGUAACCACCUCAGGACCUCAUCUUCUGAACUGUGCUUGUUGUCGAGCUCUACUCCGCAGAACUCACAAUGUGCUUAGUAGCCCUGCCAUGAACGACAAGAAGCAUGUUUACAUUGUUGCUCACAAGAAUGAUGUAAAGAAGAAAGAGUUCAGCGGGUCUGUGUCUGCUUGUAACCUCAAACUGGUGAAGGUCAUGCAACUUAAUAAUUCUAUUCUUCAGUAUUGCCUUGACUUUACCCUACACACAUAUCUUCACCCCCAUUGGACGAGAGUGGACAACAAGUAUCUACAGGGUAGCUCAUGUUUGUUCCAGAACCGCUGGAUGGGAUGUAUUAGAGCACAACUAAACGUGCAAGCUAAAAGUGUUGUAAUCGCUAUCAAAGCCACCCAAGUGAAACUAUUGGUCGCUAGACUGUCCACAUUUCACAUCAGAGACGACACCAUACAGCGCUUCAUGAAGAAGGAUAUCAGGACUAUCAUUUCCUCAGAAAUGGGUGACAACACGUGCUACGUUCUGCCAAGUUUUAAGCCUGCUUUAGUGCACUCAAUCUCAUAUGAUAUAGAUAAGAAUUGUCCGCUGAAGGACAAAUCGGACAUGAUGGCCUACUGGUUGGAUUAUCAUGGCAUGCUCAUUCCUUCCGAUACUGAUAUCUUCGUUACUUUAUCCUUCAACUUUCCAGGGGCUCCUACGAUGACUUAUCCAUACUAUUGCAUCAGGAAGAAUUUUCCUGUUAUGAAGCAAGGAACGGACGCUGAGUGCAUAAACGACUUUGUGAUCGAAGUGAAUAACACAUUGAAGUCAAAGUUGCCGAACCUCCAACUUCACUUUCCCAUCAGUCCUGCAUUUUAUACCGGCCCUGAUAAGUCGAAAGACUGUCUUGUUGCAGUAACAAGUGAGACUUUCGAUUACAAAUCAUGUAAAGUACCUCCCACUGUAGCUGCGGAGAAUGUGAAUCCAAAAAUGAAUAUUCUGCCGUUGAGAAAUAUAGCUAGCCCCAAAAUGUCUGCUUCUUCUCAUAAUAAUUCUGCAGCUAAGAUAAAGCCCCGUUUUAAUCCAUAUCAGAAACCUCUCAGUAACAUCAGGCCAUCAGAUAAUAAUAAGAACAAUGAUAGCGGCAGACAGCAUAUGCAAGGAAAAGUGGUUCCAAGUUUCAGGGCUAAUACUAUUCCUGCCACUGCUUCACUGAAGUAUAACGAAAUGAAAUCAGGAGGCCAAAACAUUGUCAAACCUGUCUUCGGCAAUCAACCAAAACAAAGCUUAUCGUCGGAAUCAAUGAUAUCUUCUAAGAAUAACAAUUCAUCAAAAUCUCCUCUCAAAAAGCUAUCACAAUCACGAGUGGUUCACACUCCCAAAUCCUCGUGGUCUGACAGAAACUCAUCUCAAUCUAAGUCAAUCACUCCACAAUUACAAGGGCUACCAACUCCUUGUUCAGUUCCCAGCAGUUUCGAACAAGACGAUUUCGAUGAUUUUGAGAUUCCUCAAAGUCUUAAAUUCCCUUCGCCUAAGCCUAAGCUAAUAAAAACCCCUGAAAGCACUCCAAUGCAGAAUCUGGUCGGUAAAAAUUAUUCUCCGGCAUGCAAGACACCCAAGACUGAAACACAGAAGAAACCGAAGGCUCCUCCAAAAAUUAUAUCUGAAGAGCAAAUCAAGUCCAUGUUGAAGGUUGGAAAUUUGUCGAAAGUGAACAACCAAAGCCUUAUUGUAUUUCUAAAGAAACGGAAUGUAAAGGGUGCUGGUAAGUUUAAGAAAGAUCAGCUUGUCAGUGAAACGUUGAGGAUUCUGGGGACUGGUGAAUUGUUUAGAGAACUAUAACCACUACUAAUCAGAUUAGUAACUAAUCAACACAACUAAUCAUGGAGCUGAAAACUUUGCGUAUUACAAGAAGAAACAUGUUGACA